AAGGCUUGGUAAAACCCAAAACAAAAAGAGAAAAAACAGCACAAGAAGCCAAGCAUUCCCUCUGAGCGUCGUGUCUUAUUCAGCGCCUUUGUUUUCCAGUCACAGAUCACUUUCCCACUCACUCCCUCACCGUCAUGGACACUCAUCCACCAUCGGAGAAGAGCUGGACCAUCCACACCCGACCAGAAAUAACCGCCAAAUACCAAAUUCUCGAUCGGGUUGGGUCGGCCGCAUAUGCUGACGUGUACCGUGGACGGCGUCUAUCCGACGACGUAACGGUGGCGCUGAAGGAGGUCCACGACGCUCGGUCGGCGCUCAGGGAAAUCGAAGCUCUAAGAAUCCUUCAGGGCUCUCAAAACGUCGUCGUCAUGCACGAGUUCUUCUGGAACGACGAUGAUGAAGACGCCGUGAUCGUGCUCGAGUUUUUCAGGACAGACCUCGCUGCCGUGAUCGCGGAAGCUGCUGCUGCUGGUGGUGGCCGUGGUUUUGAUGUCGGUGAGGUGAAGAGGUGGAUGAUGCAGGUGCUUAGUGGUGUGGAUGCUUGCCAUAGGAACAUGAUCGUCCAUAGAGACUUGAAGCCUUCCAAUUUCUUGGUUUCAGAUCAUGGAGUGCUCAAAUUGGCCCAUUUCGGACAGGCAAGGAUAAUUAUGGAGCCUGGAUUUGACUCUACAGAGGAGAACCCACCACCACCAUAUGAGCAUGAUUAUACUUCUUCAGUUCCGGAGAGCUCAUCAAUUGAACAUCCUUCAUCAUCAGAGGCUUUUCCUCAUGACCAAGGGACCAUAAAUCAUGAAGAGUAUUUCAGAGUUCUAGAAGAAAUGAAAACCAAGAAUACCAUAUAUGACACUGAUAAGGACCCAAACAUCCAAGAUGGAAACACCUCUUGUCUUGCAACUUGCACAACAAGUAACACUGAUGAUGGCGAUGAUGAUCUCUGGAAGGCUUCGUUGACAUUUGAAGCAGCGGAGGAGGAAGAAAGGAGGAACGAACUCGACUGUUGCCUCACACCACGUGUUGGAACUCGGUGGUAUAAGGCUCCUGAAUUGCUCUAUGGAUCCACAGAUUAUGGUUUAGAGGUUGAUCUAUGGUCUUUAGGGUGUAUAUUUGCGGAAUUGCUAACGUUGAAGCCUUUGUUUCCUGGAACAUCUGAUGUAGAUCAAUUGAGUAGGAUCGUUAGUGUUUUGGGAAACAUUGAUGGAGAAUCUUGGCCUGGUUGUUCUAAGCUUCCUGAUCAUGCAACAAUGUCGUUUGGUAAUGUGGAGAGGCCUAUUGGUUUUGAAGAGUGCAUGAAGAAUUGCGGAAAGGAUCAAUUGUCUAUGAUAAAGAAACUUGUUUGUUAUGAUCCAGCUAGGAGGGCCACAACAAUGGAGAUGCUUCAUGAUAAGUUCUUUAGUGAAGAGCCUUGAAUAUUAUUUUUUAAAGAAAGGUAUUUGUAUAUGAAAAUGAAUUCAAGGUGGACCAUAUUCCUUGGAUGCGCCAUUGUUAGAAUAAAUUACCAUUUGUACAUAUAAAAGAUACAGACACCGACAAAUAUACCCAUAUAAAAAUAAAACGAAAGCCAUCUUUUGUAACUAUAUAGGUACAUUUGUUAGCGUCUGUAUCUUUUAUUGGUAGAAAUGAUAAUUUAUUCGCCAUUGUUAUUUGUCA